UCAAAAGGGGAUUAGAGGUGCCGUGCUCAAAAUUUCGAAACAGAAAUGAGCUGAGAAUCGGCAACGAUGUUGAGUCGUUUUUCGGCCGUGGUGGCCUCCAUUUUGGUUCACCAACUACACGUUUUAUGGGCGGCCACUUCAUUAGGUGCUAAGCCGUUUCCUGGACUGGAAAACCUGCCCAGAUCGCUCUGGCAUGAGCUCAGUUCGCCUUUUACCGAGGAAUACGAGGUGAAAAGUUUUGUGACGGAAACUAGCGGCACUCCCGAGCCAAAACCAUUCUUCGAAGAUCCAGAAAGCAAUGUUACGGUGCAACUCGGUGCCAAAGUGUACAUGCACUGUAGGGUGCAGAACCUGCAGGACGCUCUCAAAGUGUCUUGGGUCCGCAGACGAGGGGAUGAACUUCAUUUGCUCACGUUUGGCACAGACACGUACUCAAACGACGCCAGGUUCGAGCUGGCCUUUGAGAAGCCAAAUGAUUGGCGGUUGCUUUUGAGCUCGGUGACCGAACGAGAUGGCGGCUUGUACGAGUGUCAAGUCAGUGCUCAUCCUCCAUUAAUCAGAACUGUCCAUCUCACGGUGUCAGUACCGAGAGUGGAGAUCGUCGACGAACACGGUGCCACGGCAGGUGACAAAUUCUACAAAGCGGGCAGCACGAUAGAAUUGAAGUGUGUGGUCAGCAAUAUACCGCAACCCACCGGCUACGUUACGUGGCGGCACGGAUCCCGAACGCUAAAUUACGACACCACUCGUGGAGGAAUCAGCGUGAAGACGGACAUGGGCGCUAGCGGCGCGAUAUCCAGGCUCUACAUUGCGAACGCGAACAAAAAGGACAGCGGAAACUACAGCUGCGCUCUUCCUGAUGUGGCGGCUGCUACCACGGUCUCCGUCCACGUCUUAAAUGGCGAGAACCCAGCUGCCAUGCAACACGGAGGAGGCAGAAAUCAGACGGCAGCCUUCAUUCUCAUCGUUCUGUCAACAUUAUUGUCAUCGUUUCUGAGGUGACCGUGAUGACCCGAACAUUUCAUGGGCCUGCAAUUCGAAUGGUGCUAAAAGUUUCCUCGCAGAGGAUAUUCUAAGGAAACUGAAGGAACGAUCGGCAUUUCAGCGAUCGAACGCACUUUUGCACUCGAAACCAAACAUUUUUACCGAACCAGACGAAAAACAGGAACAUUCUCUCCCGACCAUACACCGAAACAAACGAAGUUUACCCGUUCAGAACGCGAACAAAAGCGUUGUUCGACGAAGAAGCUUCAUUUCAUUCUUUCACGACGCAUCGAAGUAUACGGAAAAAUUCUCUCGAAACGGACAACGAAGUUUCUCGUCGAUAGACCAAUCGUUGGUCAUUUUUAACCCCUACUGGCUCCCUCGUGUUACAUUGUACACAUCAUCCUUUGACCGGAUGUUAAACGUGAGACAGAAGGAGGGUGAUUUGACGAAUGAGGUUAGAAAAGGAUCGAAUCCGUGACAUUUCGUUCGAGCAGAUUAACAUAUCAGUCGAUGUCUGAGCAGGGAAAUCACGGUUUCUGUUUAUUUUGAUCGAUGACGGACUGUUAAAAUGGAGGUGUGACUAUCGAUGGUACUGGAAAAUUAUCGAUAAUUCGAUGUAAUGGUAGAACGUUGUCGAUAUCGUUGAAAUGUUAGAGCGAAUGCAAAGAUGG